AUGCUCCGCACAGCAUUAGUCCGCGCCGCCGUCGUGGCCUCUCGCGCAGGGGCCGCUCGCCCCGUCGCCCGGAAAGCCGCCGUGAUGUCUCCCAGAGCCGUGUUCGCGCCCGCCCCCAGGCUGGCUGCCGUGCGCGCUGUGCGCAUGUACUCCUCCGACUCCGGGAACGGGCUCGCGAAGCAAGACGUCGAGGCACGGAUCAUGGGUAUCCUGCACGGGUUUGAAAAGGUCAACGACACGAGUAAAAUCAGUCCGACGUCCCACUUCUCGAACGAUCUCGGCCUAGACAGCCUGGAUACGGUGGAGGUUGUCAUGGCGAUAGAGGAGGAAUUCAGCAUCGAGAUACCCGACAAGGACGCUGAUGCUAUCCACAGUGUUAACCAGGCUGUCGAGUACAUCCUGAGCCAGCCGAAUGCGAACUAA